AAUAAAAAAAGUAAACAUAUUUAUAAAAUUAUUUAUGUAAUCAUUAUUAUCUGCUAUCAAGUAAAUAAUAAUUAUCAUUUGUCAUUUUGCUUUAUUAUUUUUAAGAGAUUUGUUAAAUUAUUAUUUGGUUAAUAUUAUAUAGUUAUAAUAGAUUAUCUGCUAAAUUUUUCAUUUAAUAAUGUCAACAUCAAUGAACGUGACAAAAUCAUACACUAAUAGACUUAAAAGUGAUGUAAAGUGUAUGCUUGAAAAUUUUGAAGGGAUUGUUAAACUCUGUAAAAGUGAAGAGGAUCAAACACAGAUAUCAAAAAUUACAAGAAGUGAACUAGUUGCAUUUGAAAUGGAAGUUCGAGCUGCUAACAUUGUUCGAGCAGGAGAAUCUCUUUUAAAAUUGGUUUCAGAUAUGAAGCAGUAUUUGAUUUUAAAUGAUUUUCCUUCAGUAAAUGAAGCUAUUGCUCAGAACUCUAAACUUUUUCGUACGAAACAAGUAGAAUGUGAUAGAAAAUUAACAAGUUUGGUUGAUGAUAUGUCAACAGAACUGUAUGAAUUAGAAGAAGAAUAUUACACUUCAAGUUAUAAAUAAAUAAUUCACAAUAAAAUACCACAUACAUGAAGAUCUUUAUGAGUAAAAUGAGUAUUUUUCAAUUUGAAAAUGGAAUAAGAUUGAUAAAAAUAUAAUUAUUUCAUAUAGAGAAAUUUUACAUUAUUUAAAAAAAAAAAUGUUAAAUUAUUUUAGUCUGUGUAAAAAUUAUUGUAUAUAUAUUGUAGCAUUGUUAUUUAUGAAAACACUUGACAAAUAAUUAUCUGUUAAAUAAAUUAAUAAAAUAAAAUAUUAUAUGAUUUAUAAAAAUCUCCA